GUGGUGACUUGUCCGUCGACCACGACCUUCUCCUGCUUUUCUCUGUCUAUUCUCCUUCUACGCCCACAAUCUCUGUGUUUCUCACUUCAUCUUCUUAUAUCUUUCUUAUUUCAUCAGCUACUCUUUCGCUAAAUGGCUACCAAUCAUGUUCGCUUGCCUCAACGUCGACCCGUUCGCGGCAAGCUUGACGAGAACGCUACUGGCAAACAUCCUCGUCAACCAUCAUCAUCAGGAAUCGCGUUACCCACUCGAACCAUUGUUCAGAAGGACGCCAGCGGUGCAAAAGCGACUCUUGUUCGACCAGCAUUGGGCGAGGUGACUACCACCGCCGUUAACAGAAAAGACAACAAGGGCAACUUUGGGAAGGAGAGAGAAGAGGUUGGCUUUAAGCGAGCUCGCUCGAACUCCACAGCAAAUGCUGUUCAGCGUGUUCCUCUAGGUCCAGGAAGAAGUCAAGUCGCACCACCAGUCGCCAACGUUCAACCCGUACGGGCACCGUUGCCUAGAACAGCACGACCCGCACACAGUGCCCUCAAUAACACGCGCCGAUUAUCUCGAGCAACAAGUAGCGCCUUCGUCGUGCACGAGGACGCACAGGCAGACGUUGAGAUGGACGUCGAGGACGCCCAGGCUAUGCCCCCUAGUGACAUGGGGCCUUCAUCAGAGGUGACGGACCCUAUUAAAAUUGAGGAUGACGCCGAGGAGAUGUACAUCGUCGAUGAACCCGGGAGCGACGUUGAAGAGGAAGCUUUUGCUACGGCGGAAUCAUCCAAAGCAUCUAGAAUAUGGCCGGAUAUGCCUACAGUACAGAGAUUAAGAUGUGAGCGAGAAGUUGACACGAUUCGCGAGGUUUUUGAUGACGGAGAGGAGCCCUAUGAUCCUACGAUGGUGACCGAGUACGCGGAGGAGAUCUUCGAGUACAUGGAGAGCCUUGAGGAGAGGAUGAUGCCUCGAGUUGACUACAUGGAUGCCCAAACGGAACUCACAUGGCCAAUGCGAACAACCCUUAUCGACUGGCUGCUCCAAGUUCACCUCAAAUAUCACAUGUUACCCGAGACGCUCUGGAUAGCGAUAAACAUCAUUGACCGAUUCCUUUCUGUUCGCAUCGUUUCCACACUCAAGCUUCAACUCGUCGGUGUCACAGCAAUGCUUAUUGCUGCGAAAUACGAGGAGAUCAUGGCGCCAUCCGUGGAAGAGUUUGUCUUCAUGACGGAGAAAGGAUUCACGAAGGAGGAGAUCCUAAAGGGGGAGUGCAUCAUACUUCAGUCCUUGGACUUCCAGAUAUCACACUACUGUUCGCCAUAUAGUUGGAUGCGGAGAAUUAGCAAAGCCGAUGACUACGACUUGCAGACGAGGACACUGGGAAAGUUUUUGAUUGAGGUCACCUUGCUGGAUCACCGAUUUCUGGGUGCAAAAUCUAGUUUAAUAGCAGCGGUCGGGAUGUACAGUGCGAGGACGAUGCUUGGUGGUGACUGGAACGAUGCAUUCGUGUUCCACUCUGGUUUCACGGAAGAGCAGCUACUCCCUGGACACCAUCUCAUUGGCGAGAAGUUGGCAGAGAAAGGCUUUACAAAGCUCUACCUCUACAGAAAGUACGCCAACAAGAAGUUCCUCAAAGCCUCCACCUUUGCCGUGAAAUGGGCGAGAAAUCAGAUAUCAGGCCUGAGUGAUGACGAUCAAAGCUGAUUCUUUCUGUUUCUUCUACCUCAUCUGUCGCAUCAUUGUCAAUGGGUAUCAUCCCUAUCUCCAUCAAUUCCCUCUCCUUCCUCCGGCCUCAGGACCUCCAUUUUCUCAGUCUUCUCGUCUUGCAAUAAGGUCAUCUGUGGAUUUAUAUCAUCAUUUUUACUCUUUUAUUUUACUCUCGACAUUUGUUUGCAAUCUCAGAUUUGUUACAACAUCUCCUUUUCAUGGUCCACGUGUCCACCUAUCCGUAUGUUCACCUUGCUUUCAUUGCUGUCGAUGCAUGCCUCUCACCUCUCGUUGGGUCUCGAAUACCCUCUAACCUGCGCAACUGGAACGGUUCUCUUAAUUCCUUCCUGUGAAAACUCUGCCUCUUACGUUUCGAGGCGCUUUCUAAAUUCUAGACUUUGUUUUAUUUUUUAUUUCUCAAUAUCUCCUCUCGUUCUAUCCUCACCUCUGUACAUAAUCUCACAAAGUACGGUGCCGCGCACGUAUAUACACUGUACAGUAUGAUGAAAGGUUAUGUAGCUGGACUUUGUGGGUUCACUGUAAGAUGGUUUGCCAC